GGAUGCAGUCUUGUCAGUAUAUCUCUCAGGAACAAAGGUUUAAAUCCUGGAAGACCUUUUCUCUCUGUGAAAAGUCCUGUGUGUUAGAGUUGCAGGAAACAGGAGAAAGGAGGAUGGAGCUGCAGUCUCUACAGGAGGCUCUGAAAGUGGAAAUACAAUUUCACCAGAAACUGGUAGCUCAAAUGAAGCAGGAUCCGCAGAAUGCAGACUUGAAGAAACAGCUCCAUGAACUCCAAGCCAAAAUCACAUCUCUGAGCGAAAAGCAGAAACUUGUAGUCGAGCAGCUUCGAAAGAAUCUCAUAGUGAAACAGGAACUCCCAGACAAUAAACUUCUUAUCCAGCCUCUGCUCCACCUAGAAAGCAAACCGCCAACACCACAAGUGCAGCAGCAACCACAUCAGAUACAACUGCAACAGCUCCAACCCCAGCAGCUGUCAUGUGCAACACCUCUUCCAGGCCUGAGUGGUGGACAGAAAACUGUGACCACAGCCUCUAUGAUCACGGCAAAGACUCUACCUCUUGUACUGAAAGCUGCAGCAGCAUCUAUGCCCGCUUCAAUGAUGGGGCAGCGGCCAACCAUCGCCAUGGUGACUGCCAUCAACAGCCAGAAAGCAGUUAUCGGCUCAGAUGCCCAAAGCACUGCAGUCAACCUGCAGACAACUAGCAGAAUCGCCAAUCAGGGAACAGAGACUUUCCAGAUAGUGGCAAAAAACGCUGUUACUUUGCAGGUCCAGGCAACGACUUCUCAGCACAUCAAAGUUCCCCAGUUCAUCCCUCCUCCCCGGCUAACUCCCCGUCCGACAUUUCUUCCACAAGUGCGGCCAAAGCCAGCGGCACAAAACAACAUUCCCAUUGCCCCCGCUCCUCCCCCCAUGCUCGCAGCCCCACAGCUCAUCCAGCGGCCAGUCAUGCUAACCACAAAGUUAACCCCAGGUUCCCAGAAUUCCAUCCAUCCUGUGCGCAUUGUAAAUGGGCAACCCACAGCCAUUUCCAAAGCCUUCCCCGCAGCACAGCUCACUAGUAUCGUCAUAGCAGCACCAGGCACAAGACUGGCAGCUCCACAGACUCUGCAACUUCCGAAACCAAGUGUGGAGAAGCAGACGACUAAAACUCAGGUGGAACCAGAGAAGCCAACUGAAAGCAGUACGACAGUGCCACCUGCCUCCAAGCCAAAACGAGAGGAGAACCCACAGAAACUCGCCUUCAUGAUGGCACUAGGUUUGCUUACACAUGACCACUUAGAGGAAAUUCAAAGUAAAAGACAAGAAAGGAAAAGAAGAACAACCGCCAACCCAGUGUACAGUGGGGCAGUAUUUGAACCAGAGCGCAAGAAGAGUGCGGUGACGUACUUGAACAGCACAGUGCAUCCAGGAACGAGGAAGAGAGGUCGUCCUCCCAAAUACAACACGGCCUUGGGUUUGAGCGCCCUGCCACCCACCUCCCCUCCAUCCAGUCAUCCUGAUACCCCUGAAAGCGAAAAGGCCCAGAUCUCAUGUAGUUUCCCUGCAAGUGUCCCGCCUGUGUCCUUGCCUAAUCCUUAUUCCACAGACGCUGAUAUCCAUGAGGAUUUUUGCAGCGUCUGCAGAAAGAGCGGACAGCUACUGAUGUGCGACACAUGUUCACGUGUAUACCACCUGGACUGUUUGGAGCCUCCUCUGAAAUCCAUUCCCAAGGGCAUGUGGAUAUGUCCCAAAUGCCAAGACCAGAUGCUCAAGAAAGAGGAAGCAAUUCCCUGGCCCGGGACGUUAGCCAUUGUUCACUCAUAUAUUGCAUAUAAAGCAGCAAAAGAAGAAGAGAAGCAAAAAUUACUCAAGUGGAGCUCUGAGCUGAAACAGGAGCGAGAGCAACUAGAGCAGAAAGUGAAACAACUCAGCAGCUCCAUAUCGAAAUGCAUAGACAUGAAGAACAGCGUUUUGUCCCGGCAAAAAGACAUGCACAGCUCCUUGGACAAAGUGAAACGUCUUAUCCGGCUCAUUCAGGAUAUCGACCUCACCAAACAACCUGUCAACUCAGAGGUGACCUCUAACCACAGCCAGGACUGCAGUGCUACUGCCAACAUCCCCCCUCCUGACCCCAAGCCAGCCACAGCCUCCUUUCCUUCACCAGUCCAGAACUGCACCCAGGCAGAAGAGACUAAGUGACCUGCUGUCCUGUGACCGAGGGUACUAUGAAAAGACAAAAGCGCGUCCGAACCGCUUUCUGGGACGUACAGGAUCAGAAGCAUCCCAGGACAGGGGCGUAAGCACUGGAGUUUUGCCAAUCAACCUUUUAUUCUGUGUGUUCCACGUGUGAGCCGGCGUUUUCAUGCCAGCACCAUGCCAAGUGACAAAUAGAAUCAAAUCUUUACUCUCUUUACACCAGUGUGUGCCUGCAGCAGCCUCCACAGCAAGCAUAGAUAUCAGUCUAUUUUUUGUUUUUUUUGUUAUUCUUUCUUUGCGAUUUUUUUGUUUGUUCUUGAGAUGUG